AUGUUCAAUCUCCGCGUUCUCUGUCGCGAUCAGCCUCAGCGAACAAUUGCGCUGGUGACGGCGGAUCAUGUCUUAAUCUUCCACUACAGUGCGAGCGAUGCCGGAUCUGCGACUACACCACGCUGCCAGGUGGAAUUUGUGGACGUUGCAUCUGCGGAUCUCGGGGCUUAUCGGCCUUUGGGUGCCGGUCAUGGCACUUUGGGCUUGGUUACGCUCAAUGAAGACCUGUUCGUUUGUGUUGUCACCACAUCAUCUCAAGCUGCUACUGUAAGGCCUGGGGAAUCAGUGUCUAGAAUCGAUUCUGUAGAUUUCUACUGCCUCAACCGUUCCGAAUAUGAAAACGGCCUCGACUAUGAAUCUGGGGCUCAGUUCGCCGCCGAGGGACGGAACGGCCAGGAUGGCCGGGAUGUGGUGACCGAGCACCCUUUCCAGGCCCUGAAAAAGCUUCUCGGGGAUGGGAGUUUUUACUACAGUCUUGACUUCAACCUCACUGAUCGUUUACAAAAUCGCUCGGAUAAGUCGGCGGCAUUUGAUAUUGAUUCCCUGGAUGAAGACAUGCUUUGGAACUCAUACAUGAUCAAUCCACUUCUCCUGUUCCGGAGUCAUUUGCCACCCGCGGACAAAGCCAAGCUAGAUUCCUCUCAGCUGCUAACAUGCGUCAUCCGGGGAUACGCAAGCACGCUGAAGAUCCCUGCCACGGUCUCGAUUCUGCCCCAAGUGCGGACAAACUUCCCAUCCCUCCUGACCAUCGUCUCGCGGCAAUCCUCUCGGCGUGCAGGCACGAGAUUCAACUCGCGAGGAAUUGACGAUGAUGGCAACGUGGCCAAUUUUGUUGAGACAGAGUUGGUUCUAUGGGUCUCGCCAGGCAUUGCCUUCUCGUACGUCCAAGUUCGAGGCUCGGUACCGAUCUUCUGGGAGCAAACGCCGGGUUUGAUUCCGGGACAGCAGAAGAUCGAGGUCACCCGGUCAAGUGAGGCAACACAACAUGCAUUCAAUCAGCAUUUUGAAACCCUUGAACUGGAGUAUGGAGCCACGCAUGUAGUGAAUCUCCUAAGUGAGCUUAGAUCUGGCGAAGCAGAACUAUCGGCCAAAUAUCGGCAACACAUUGCCCGCAGUUCCCUGAGAAAGAAGGAAGACUUUGAACACCAUAGCCUUCUACGGCUGACAGAAUACGACUUUCUGGCCGAGACUCGUGGUCCAGCUGGCUAUGAAGCUAGCAAUCAAAUUAAGCAUGAGCUGGCUGAGUCCUUAGACGGGUUUGCCUAUUUUCUGUCCGAGGACUCUACGCGAUCUGCUACUUCUCUUUUCGAAAGGGAUGACGUUCCCGGUGCCUCCUCGGUCAUCCUGCAACAGGAGGGGGUUUUUCGAACCAACUGCCUGGACUGCCUGGACCGAACGAACCUUGUUCAGACAAUUAUCAGUUCGAUGGCAUUGGAGUCAUUUCUAGCACACCAGGGGGGGAGGUUUGGCUCAGAUAUGCAAAUGCGUCAUUCAACCCUUUGGGCUGACAAUGGCGAUGCCCUCUCUAAGAUCUAUGCCGGUACUGGAGCUUUAAAGUCGUCUUUCACCCGUCAUGGAAAAAUGUCGCUUGCGGGGGCUUUGGCUGAUGCCCGAAAAAGUGCCACUCGACUCUACGUCAACAACUUCACCGACAAGGCUAAACAGAGAACGAUUGACCUUCUGUUGGGUCGAUUGGCCAAUCAAAUGCCGGUUCACCUUUAUGACCCUAUGAAUGAUUUGGUCACUGAAGAACUCAAUCGCCGUGCUUCUGAAUACUCUUCCACCAAGCACAUCCGUCUUUGGGUUGGUACAUUCAACGUGAACGGUCGUGAUGAAGGCCCCGGAACCGACCUUACGCCAUGGCUUUUUCCUGAAGCCGAUCCAUCGAAUGAAGAUCCCGUCAUCUUUGCCGUUGCAUUCCAGGAGAUUGUUGAUCUAAGCCCCCAACAGAUCAUGUCCACUGAUCCAAGUACCCGCAAGGUUUGGCAGAGAGCCGUGCAAGAUUGUCUAAACAGACACACAAAGGCAAAGGGCACGGUCAAAUAUGUGCUGUUAAGGACGGGGCAGCUCGUGGGCGCUGCGCUAAUGAUCUACGUGAAAUCAGAUGCUCUAAAGGAAAUCAAGAAUGUCGAAGGUGCCACGGGACUUUCGGGGAUUGCUGGUAAUAAAGGCGGCUGCGCCAUUCGGUUUGAAUUCUCCAAUACCAGCAUCUGCUUGGUAACCGCACAUCUGGCAGCCGGCUUUGCAAACUACGACGAGCGAAACCGAGACUAUGAAACAAUCGAUCGAGGCUUGCGGUUCCAAAAGAACCGAACAAUCGCAGAUCAUGAUGCAGUGAUCUGGCUUGGAGAUUUUAAUUACCGUAUUGGGCUAGGCAAUCAGAUCGUGAGAGAUCUUCUAACGCAGCGUGAUUAUCAGAAGCUCUAUGAAAAUGACCAGUUAAAUCUCCAAAUGACUGCCGGGAGAGCCUUCCAGUUCUAUUCCGAGGGCCCCAUCGGGUUUGCCCCAACGUAUAAAUAUGAUAUCGGGACUGACAACUACGACACCUCUGACAAGGCCCGUAUACCCGCAUGGUGUGAUCGAGUGCUAUGGCGAGGACGCAACCUGCGUCAAACCCAAUACCAAGUAGCUGAUCUUCGCGUAUCGGAUCAUCGCCCCGUGUGGGCCACUUUUGAUGGAGUAAUUGACGUUGUUGAUCAUGCCCUCAAGGAUAAUCUGCGGCGUAUGCUGUAUGAAGACAAACAGCACGAUGCUCUGUCCGAAUCUAUUCAUCUUAUGGAUCUAGAUGAUGAUGAUGAUGAUGAUGAUGAUGAUGAUGAUAAUUUACCACAGGGAUCCAUCGCACCUGGGCUACCACCUGCCAGUUCUGAUCGAAGCAGGUGGUGGUUGGACAAUGGUGCACCGGGCAAAGCGACAAUUCAACCACCGAGGGAAGGACUUGUUGCCAACAUGCAGCGCAGAUCCAACCCUUUCUCCACGGACUCCGAACCUGACUGGGUGCCAGCUGAAGGACUGACGAAGAAGACCGGCAUUGACAGGAAGCCUGCACCGCCUCCCCGACGUGGUAGAACCCUGAACGGGCAGGAAUCCCCAACACCUAUAGAUGCAAAGCCACCACUCACGGACAAAGCGCCCCCAGCGGUCCCCCGGAAGCCCAUGUCACUCAGCUCACAACCAUCCCCACGCACGCCAAUGUCUGAUGGAUCAUCCCACUCCAUGUUCCCAAGUAAUCCCGAGCAAGACCCUUUAUCUCGCACGGUCAGGGGUGGGGUAGGUGCCCCCGAUAUCCUUGGCGAUCCUAUGGAUGAACAAAUUGCGUGGAAACCGCUUCUUCCCCAAUGA